UCAAGCCCAGAGCAACACAGGGUCUGGAGCACUUCGAAGGGUGAGGAGCCAAGCAAGCCUCCCGAGCCCUGCGCUCCACCUCUGCGGCUGGCGCGUCGAGACAGGCUCCAGCGAUACGCAGUGGGGGUGAACUACGCGCAGAGACAACUGAAGCUGGUGAAGGCGCACGGCGAUCAGGGGGUCCGCGGACUUGGCCCCGCGCAUACGGUGCACCCACUGGGCUAAACUUUAGCGUCCGAGGCCCGGAGCGGGACCCUGGACCUUGGCUCCGGGUCCUUCGCCAAACUCCACCAGCCCCCUCGACAGCGUCUAGGAGGGGUCUCCGGUAAAGGGCAGGGAUCCGCGACCAUGGCCGAGGCCGCGGAAGCGGAGGGAGGCGCUCCGGGUCCUCAGGUGCAGCCUGAGGACUCAGCAGUUACGGAAGAGAGACCAGGAGACGCGGCGGCCGCCGGCCGGGAGGCGAGCGAGGGCGCUGCGGAGACGCCAACGGGCGAGGGGGCGGGUGCAGCCGCGACGGCCGCGGCGACGGAGGAAGAAGGCGGGGGGCCAGACGCAGCCGGCGCGCAAGAGCAGGUAGUGGGCGCGGACGAGCAGGUGCCGGGAGCGGGCACGGAACCGGAGAUAGAGACGCCAGACGCGAAGGGAGCGCAAGGCGAGGCGGAGGUCAAGGAGCGGGCGCAGGAGGGUACCGAGGGGCCCCAGCUAGGCGAGGAGGCGAACGACACCCAGCAGGUGGAGGAGGAGAGUCCCGGGCGCGCAAUGCAGAGCGAUGCUGCCGAGGGGGCUGAGCGGCAGGUGGUGGACCCUGCGACCCCAGAGGCGCAGCAGGAGGCCGAGCCCGAGCCGGAGGCAGGAGACAGCGCCCCCGGGGCGCCGGGGAACGGUGUAGACCUGGGAGACAGCAUGGACGCAGAGGGGCCUGCGGCAGGCACGCAGGGGGCCGAGGGUGAGCCACAGGACCUGGGGGGUUGCAGGCCCCAAUCCCAGGCCGAGGCGACUGAAGUCGCAGGGGUGGAGAGCGAGGGCAACAGCCCAGGGGAAUGUGUGGCGGGCGCAGAGGCGGACGCGGUGGAGAAGGCAGAGGCGGGUCCCGGGGAGCCAGAGGGGUCAGAGGAGUUUGCUCAUGAGGUUGCCGGGGCAGAAGCUCGCGAGGAUGGUGACCCGGACAGACCCGAGGGAGGGACGGAGCAACAGGUGGAGGGGCAGGACCCGGGCCCGGAGGGGCAGAGCGCCGAAGCGGCCGUCGGGGACCAGGAAGGGACCCUGAACGGCAGCCUGGAUGGAGAGGCGGCCGCGUCCGCGCAGGACGUGCAGCAGGCGGGGUUCAGCAAUCACUUGGAGGAGUGGGGCGGCGAGCGCGACGAGGGUCCAGCGCCAGUGAACGGCCGUGGGGAGGACGGCGAGGCCUUGGAGCAGGGGCACCCGGGCCAGGAGCACGACAUCACCCUCUUCGUGAAGGCUGGCUAUGAUGGAGAGAGUAUUGGAAAUUGCCCAUUUUCUCAACGUCUCUUUAUGAUUCUCUGGCUAAAGGGUGUUAUAUUUAAUGUGACAACAGUGGACCUGAAGAGGAAACCCGCAGACCUGCAGAACCUAGCUCCUGGCACCAACCCUCCCUUUAUGACGUUUGAUGGUGACGUCAAGACGGACGUGAACAAGAUCGAGGAGUUUUUAGAGGAGAAACUGGCUCCACCGAGGUACCCUAAGCUGGGGCCCCAGCACCCUGAAUCUAACUCAGCUGGAAACGAUGUCUUUGCCAAGUUCUCAGCCUUUAUCAAGAACACCAAGAAGGAUGCCAACGAGAUUUAUGAAAAGAACCUGUUAAAGGCCCUGAAGAAGCUGGAUACAUACCUAAACAGCCCUCUGCCAGAUGAAGUAGAUGCCAACAGCCCUGAGGACACUGCUGUUUCUGGAAGGAAGUUCCUGGAUGGAGAUGAGCUCACGUUGGCCGAUUGCAACCUCUUACCCAAGCUGCACAUCAUUAAGAUUGUGACCAAGAAAUACAGAGAUUUCGAAUUUCCUUCUGAAAUGACUGGGCUCUGGAGAUACUUGAACAAUGCUUACGCCAGGGAUGAGUUCAUAAACACAUGUCCAGCCGACCAGGAAAUUGAACACGCGUAUUCAGAUGUGGCGAAAAGGAUGAAGUGAAGUUGGGGCAUUCUCUGUCUAACUUCUAAGUUGAGUGGGCUUGACACCAAAAAGAAUGUAUUCACUAAUAUCCGCCCUGCCCCGCCAAACCAUUUCUUAUUUUUUUGCAGCUGACAACCCAUGCUAUGUUCCAUUCAGUGCCACAUGACCCAUGGUCUGGUCAUUUGUCAACACACAUACCAAUAUCUAUUGUUUCACAUACCGGUAUCUGUUGUUAAACACACCGAGCGCCUAGUUGAUGUUGAGUUUUAUCUGUGACAUUCACUGACUUUACAUUUAGGACCCGUGUUUUCCAUUCUGUCAAAGCAAAUUAUGUUUGGGUUUGACGUCCUCCAAUGUUGAAACAAAAUGGGUCUGUCUCUGGUAGUAUUCAUUGUCAUAUAUAGCCUUCUUUUCUAAAUUUCAACUUUAAUUUCUUUCAAAAAGAAAUACUGCUUUUUAGAAUUUAAAGACACUCCAUACCUAUAUUAAAAUAGCAUUGGUGUAUAAAUAAGUUAAAAAAAACAGUCAUCCCGCAAUUUAAUUCACUUGAUAACUUAUUGAUGGUAAACAUCUUCCAAAUCUUCCAUGUCAGUCACACACAGGCACACACAACCACACCACGUGUAAUCUCAUUGACGUGUGGUAUAGUGUGUACUUAAGGAAACUCUGGAUUUUGCUUUGAUCGUCAACCCCAAGGAACUGAACAUGGAAGAUCGGGUCCUGAGAGGGGGGGGAAUGCUGUCAUCUGCUUUCUGAGAAGCGGGUUCAUGGGCACAGAGACCAGAAGGAGCCCAACACUGCACGGGGUCCCCAUGCUGUGCUGAGACAGCCUCUAGGACAUGAGCACGCUGCUGCCUUCAACUCCAGGAGUGGAGGAGGAUGCUUGUCUGUGUGUUUGGUCCCAGCAUCUUUCUCAGCCCCAUCUCGGGCGCCUCGUACCACUCCCUCGCUGAAGACUUUGCUUAUAGGAGGACUUUGAACAUUAGUGUAUCCUGGAGACGCUCCCUGCCCUGCAAGGAGAGUACACCUCACAUACCCUGUUAGGAUGCCAUGUUGUUUUGCAGGAGGGCUGGAGCUAUGAGGGGCCAAGCCCAGGGGUGUGGCUGCUCUGCCCUGGGUGGCGUCAGUUGGUGUUGGGCAGGGAAAAUCCAGGGAGAUUAACCUCAUGGGCAGUUCUGGUAAACAGUACAGUUAGGGAGGAAGUGGAAAGGCUUGACUCAGAACAAUUUCUGCUUUUUUUUUUGUGGCUUACCCCCAAGCUUGCCACCCUCAUUCACAGCUUUGCCAGGGGCCUGUGGUACUGGUGUGUCCCCCUCCCCCAGCAUGGAGGCCAACCCCAGGGCCUCCAUCAGACCCUUGAGGACCCUCAGCCUGUGUUUUUUCCACAUUCACACGUGUCUGGCAGACAGCCUGUGGCAUGGGCUGUGGCUGGUGGUUGACACUAAAAUGUUUAUUUUUCCAGUACACAUCUGCAGGAUACAGGUGAGUCACUUGAAAGACAGUGGGAUUUAGUGGGAAAUGGGCAGUAAAGGAAGAAAGAUCGGGAAUAACUUUUUCCCCUGUUUCCCACCUGUCAGUUUUGCCCUAACUGGCUGCUUUCGUUGUCAGUCACUUUUUUUUUUGAAUCCUUGUCUAGCAUGGGCACAGCGUCUGCAUCAUUUCAUGUCUGUUAUUUUUUAAAUCUAGCUUCAUAAUGUUAGUUUAUAUUUGGUAAAUGAGUUGGCUAGCAGAGGUUCCUAGUGCUAAUAACUUUGUCUUAGAUAUUAAAAUGAU